AUGACCGAGCCCAGAAAGUCGGAAGAAGCCAAGGCAGACGUCAGCCAGAUGGAGCGCGUCCUGACGGGAGGCUCCAAUGGCGGCGGGCCCGACAAGCCUGCCGCCAAGAGCGGCAAGGUCGACGAGUUUGGGGCGCACACCAAGACGGACCCCAAGGAGAUUGCCCUCGUCAAGAAGAUUGACUGGUACAUUUUGCCCAUCCUCUGGGUCAUGUACUUCCUCAACUUCCUCGACCGCAACGCCAUGAUCAACGGCAAGCUCAACUCGCUCGCCACCGACCUCAAGCUCAAGGGGACCGAGUACAAUACCUGCGUCUCCAUCCUAUUCGUCGGAUACCUGUGCGGGCAGAUCCCCUCCAACAUGAUCCUCAACCGGGUGCGGCCGUCCUGGUACAUGGCGGGCUUCAUGCUGGCCUGGUCCAUCAUCAGCCUGCUCACGUACCUGGCCCACGACUACAAGACCAUGUUGAUAUGCCGCUUCUUGCUUGGCAUCACCGAGGCUCCGUUCUACCCCGGCGCGCUGUACAUGCUCAGCAUGUUCUACACCCGUAAGGAGAUCGCGACUCGCAUGGCCAUCUUCUACACCGGCAACAUGCUUGCCAGCGCCUUCUCCGGCCUGAUCGCCGCCGGUAUCUUUGCCGGCUUGGACGGGAAGCAUGGCCUCGCGGGAUGGCAAUGGCUCUUCAUCAUCCAGGGAGCCGUCUCCAUCGGCGUCGCCUUCGGGGCCUUCUACUUCCUCCCCAACGCGCCCCUCCAGACCCGCUGGCUCACCCCCGAGCAGCGGCAGAUGGCCCACCAGCGCAUCUUUGACGACACGACGGACCGCCGCGAGGGCAAGACGAGCGUGUGGAAGGGCCUGCGCGAGGCCUGCACCGACUGGCGCACCUGGGUCUUCUGCCUCAUGGACAACAUGCACCUGUCGGCCAACGGCUUCAAGAACUUCCUGCCGAGCGUCGUCAAGACGCUCAACUACAACACCACCAUCACCCUGGUCCUGACGUGCCCCCCUUACAUCCUGGCGGGCAUCAUGAGCAUCGUCGUCUCGCACUCGUCCGGCCGCUUCAACGAGCGCACGUGGCACACGACCGUGAGCAAGCUGAUCGCGUGUGCCGGCUUUGCCAUGGCCGUGGCGACUCUCAACACCACGGUCAGAUAUGUCGGUAUCAUGAUCUUUGUAGGCGCCACGUACGGUGUAAACAACAUCAUUCUCGGCUGGACCGCUUCCACGCUGGGACAGACGGACGAGAAAAAGGCCGUCGCCAUCGCCAUGGCCAACACCUUCGGCAACCUCGCCAGCGUCUACACGCCCUACCUGUGGCCGGAAUCCGACGAGCCGAGGUACCUGAAGGCCAUGUUGGCCAGCAUCGCCUUCUCGCUCGGUGUCAUUAUCUGCGCCUGGGUCAUGCGGCUCACGUUGCAGAGGCAGAACCGGAAGACCCUGGCGACGAACCCGGAUGCUCUGAACCUGUAUGUGUACUAA